AUGCCGAAAUAUCACGAGGAGGCGAGAAAUGUGAGUGUCCUGCCUCCUGGCCGCUGGGUGUGGAGUGAUGAAUCCCAAACAGUAGAGUUUGUCAGGUUGGCUGAGGUUUGUACAUUGAACCAUAGAGGGCGCCAGAGCAUUAGAAAGAGCCUGACCCCUGCCCAUCUGAAUGCAUACAGGUCCUCGGUGAUGCAGAGACAAGGGGACCAUGUCUCCAUAGAUGAUGUUAAACAAGUGGCCGUCAGUUUACUGCAGGAGAAUUAUCUGCUUCCCAUUCCUUUCCGCUUUAUGGCUGUAUUGAAGAAUAAAGCGCUAGAUGACGUCCUGACUGCCCUUCUUCUUUACUUGACUUGUUACCUUGAGCAGAAGUCCUUUGAGAAUAAACCAAAGCCUUUAAUGGUUGUAGAGAGUGUCACCGAGCACCAGCGGAUGGGGGAAGCUCUGGCCAAAUUGGAGAUUGCCCAGAAGAAGCUGGCCGUCUGCUACUUCAGCCUGAUGAUAGACUUGGAUGUGGCACAGCAUCACCACACAGCAUAUCACAAGGGGCAGAUCUUACUGAACACCACAGAUUGGCUGCUACAUGCGUGCUUGUAUAGCUUCUUCUGCUACGUGGCCUGGGUGACGUUUGGCAGGAAGAACCUGAGGGACAUCCAAGAGGAGGUGGGGCGUCUUUUGUACUCUGACACCUUCAACACAGCAGUGAGGAACAGGGCUCAUAGGGAUUCGGGAAUGAACUCCACUGCUGAUAAUGGUUCAGUGAAGACAGGAGUAGCUGACCCAAAGGAGACAGAAUGUAAUAGCACAUUCAAGCAACGAGUGUCCCAGAGGCGUCCUGCCCUGAGCAGUAUAGUUAAUCAGCGGUCCCCACUGAUGGUGUCUCUGCUGCCCUCACCCAAAGAACAGUCACCCCAUCUGUUCUCUAGCAGCCAGGCAAGGAGGCAGAGCCAGGCAAGGAGGCAGAGCCCGCUGCGGGCCGAACGCCGUGACAGCAAGGCCCUGACAGAGGAGCUCGACCAGCAGCUGGCCAGUGUCAGCUUUGGGAUUCUAGGCAAGCCACUGAAACAGUUCAGCCACAGUACCCUGAUACCCUACGGAGAAGAGAAAAACAACAGAGAUGAGGAUGGGGACGAUCAACCAGAGAAUUGUGCUUAUAAUAACAGCGAGGAUCAUCCUGGGAUCCAUGGUGAAGGUAGCAGCAAGUCCUUCACGAGACCUACGUCGGCAGACAUUGUCAGAUAUGGCAGCACCACCCACGCAGAGUAUUGA